AGAAAACACCAACAAGAAGGAUAACUUGAAACACUCUUGACCCCUUCACUUUCGAUUUCUUGACUGCACUACAAGCAACCAGAAUGUCGGGGGCUUCAGUGAAGGUGGCUGUUCGGGUCCGGCCCUUCAAUUCCCGAGAAACCAGCAAAGAAUCCAAAUGUAUCAUCCAGAUGCAAGGCAAUUCAACCAGUAUUAUCAACCCAAAGAAUCCUAAGGAAGCACCAAAGUCCUUCAGCUUUGACUACUCUUAUUGGUCCCACACAUCGCCUGAAGAUCCCUGCUUUGCAUCUCAGAGCCGUGUGUACAAUGAUAUUGGGAAGGAGAUGUUGCUGCAUGCCUUUGAGGGCUACAAUGUUUGCAUUUUUGCCUAUGGACAGACUGGAGCUGGGAAAUCCUACACGAUGAUGGGCAAGCAGGAGGAGAGCCAAGCAGGCAUAAUCCCCCAGCUAUGUGAAGAACUGUUUGAGAAGAUCAAUGACAACAGCAAUGAAGAAAUGUCGUAUUCUGUAGAGGUGAGUUACAUGGAGAUUUACUGUGAGAGAGUCAGAGACUUGUUGAACCCGAAGAACAAAGGGAAUUUACGGGUGCGAGAACAUCCUCUGCUUGGACCAUAUGUGGAAGAUCUGUCCAAAUUAGCAGUCACAUCUUACACAGACAUUGCAGACCUCAUGGAUGCUGGCAACAAAGCCAGGACUGUGGCAGCUACCAACAUGAAUGAAACCAGCAGCCGCUCUCAUGCUGUGUUUACGAUUGUCUUUACUCAGAAGAAACAUGACACAGAAACUGAUCUUUCCACAGAGAAGGUCAGCAAGAUUAGCCUUGUGGAUCUAGCUGGGAGUGAGCGAGCUGAUUCAACUGGUGCCAAAGGAACCCGAUUGAAGGAAGGAGCAAAUAUAAACAAGUCUCUCACAACUCUGGGCAAAGUUAUUUCAGCAUUGGCCGAAGUGAGUAAAAAAAAGAAGAAGACAGACUUUAUACCGUACAGGGAUUCUGUACUAACAUGGCUUCUUCGAGAAAAUUUAGGUGGUAACUCCAGAACUGCAAUGGUUGCUGCUUUGAGUCCAGCAGACAUAAACUACGAUGAAACUUUGAGCACUUUAAGAUACGCUGAUCGUGCAAAGCAGAUUAAAUGCAAUGCUGUUAUCAAUGAAGAUCCCAAUGCCAAGCUGGUGCGUGAGCUGAAGGAGGAGGUGACAAGGCUUAAGGAUCUCCUACGUGCCCAAGGACUGGGAGAUAUUAUUGACACCUCCAUGGGGUCCCUCACUGCAUCUCCAUCCUCCUGCUCUCUCAGUAGUCAGGUGGGCUUAACAUCUGUGUCCAGUAUACAGGAAAGAAUCAUGUCAACACCUGGAGGAGAAGAGGCAAUUGAGCGUUUGAAGGAAUCUGAGAAGAUCAUUGCAGAGCUGAAUGAAACGUGGGAAGAGAAGCUGAGGAAAACUGAGGCCAUUAGGAUGGAAAGGGAGGCAUUGUUGGCAGAAAUGGGAGUUGCCAUUCGGGAAGAUGGAGGAACACUGGGAGUCUUCUCACCCAAAAAGACUCCUCAUCUUGUAAACCUUAAUGAAGAUCCACUCAUGUCUGAAUGUCUGCUUUACUACAUCAAAGAUGGUAUUACUAGGGUUGGCCAAGCUGAUGCUGAGCGAAGGCAAGACAUUGUAUUGAGUGGGGCUCAUAUCAAAGAAGAGCACUGUAUCUUUCGAAGUGAGAGGAACAACAAUGGUGAAGUUAUUGUUACCUUAGAGCCUUGUGAACGGUCAGAAACCUAUGUUAAUGGCAAGAGGGUUGUGCAGCCAGUGCAGUUGCGUUCAGGAAAUCGUAUCAUUAUGGGUAAAAAUCAUGUCUUCAGAUUCAACCAUCCAGAGCAAGCACGAGCAGAAAGAGAGAAAACACCGUCAGCUGAGACUCCCUCUGAGCCAGUUGACUGGACAUUUGCUCAGAGGGAGCUUCUGGAGAAGCAGGGCAUUGACAUGAAGCAGGAGAUGGAGAAAAGAUUACAAGAAAUGGAGAUUUUGUAUAAGAAAGAGAAGGAGGAAGCUGAUCUCUUGUUGGAGCAGCAAAGGCUGGACUAUGAGAGUAAGCUGCAGGCGUUACAGAAGCAGGUAGAGACAAGAUCCUUGGCAGCUGAAACAACAGAGGAGGAGGAAGAAGAAGAAGAAGAAGAAGUGCCCUGGACACGACAUGAGUAUGAACUUGCACAAUGGGCUUUCAGGAAGUGGAAAUUUCACCAGUUUACUUCACUGAGGGACCAACUCUGGGGGAAUGCAGUAUAUCUGAAAGAAGCCAAUGCAAUCAGUGUAGAGUUAAAGAAGAAGGUCCAGUUUCAAUUUGUCCUGCUGACAGACACCCUCUACUCACCACUGCCACCAGAGCUUUUGCCCACUGAGUUGGAGAAGACCCGGGACAAUAGGCCUUUCCCCCGUACAGUGGUGGCUGUGGAAGUCCAGGAUCUGAAGAAUGGAGCAACGCAUUACUGGUCCUUAGAAAAACUCAAGCAGAGGUUGGACCUGAUGCGUGAGAUGUAUGAUAGAGCUGGGGAAAUGGCAUCUAAUACCCAGGACGAGGGUGAAAGCACAAUGACAGGCAGUGACCCCUUUUAUGAUCGCUUUCAUUGGUUCAAGCUUGUUGGAAGCUCCCCCAUAUUCCAUGGCUGCGUGAAUGAGCGUCUUGCUGAUCGCACGCCCUCCCCCACUUUCUCCACGGCUGACUCCGACAUCACUGAACUGGCUGAUGAACAGCAGGAUGAGAUGGAGGACUUUGAUGAUGAGGCCUUUGUGGAUGAUACUGGCUCCGACGUUGGAACUGAGGAGGGAUCGGACCUCUUCAAUGAUGGGCGCGACCCGUUUUACGACCGAUCCCCUUGGUUCAUUUUAGUGGGAAGAGCAUUUGUAUACCUGAGCAAUCUGCUGUACCCAGUGCCUCUUAUUCACAGAGUAGCUGUUGUUAGCGAGAAAGGAGAAGUACGAGGAUUUCUGCGAGUAGCAGUGCAAGCUAUAGCAGCUGAUGAAGAAGCCCCAGAUUACGGAUCUGGUAUUCGACAGUCUGGCACAGCUAAAAUUUCAUUCGACAAUGAAUAUUUUGAUAAGAGUGAUUUUUCUUCGGUUGCAAUGACUCGCUCUGGACUGUCAUUGGAAGAAUUAAGAAUUGUGGAGGGGCAAGGACAGAAUACAGAGGUUACCACUCCUCCAGAGGAGAUCAACAGAAUGAAUGAGCUGGACUUGAAGUCAGCCACUUUGGAUGGAAAGAUGACUAUGGAAGGAUUCACUGAGGAAAUUGGUGAUCACUUGAAGCUGGGUAGCGUGUUUACCUUCCGUGUGACAGUGCUACAGGCCAGCGGCAUCCUUCCUGAAUAUGCAGAUAUUUUCUGCCAAUUCAACUUUUUACAUCGGCAUGAUGAGGCUUUCUCAACAGAACCCCUCAAAAACAAUGGUCGGGGGACUCCCCUUGGGUUUUACCAUGUUCAAAAUAUUGCUGUGGAAGUGACGGAAUCAUUCGUGGAGUACAUCAAAACAAAGCCUAUUGUGUUUGAAGUCUUUGGACAUUAUCAGCAGCAUCCUCUCCAUCUGCAAGGACAGGAUCUCAACAGCCCUCCACAGCCUUCCCGAAGAUUCUUUCCUCCCCCUAUGCCACUCUCAAAGCCAGUGCCAGCUACAAAGCUAAAUACUAUGAGCAAACCCAGCUUGGGCCAGAGCGUGAGCAAAUACGACCUCCUUGUGUGGUUUGAGAUCAGUGAAUUGGAGCCAACAGGGGAGUAUAUUCCUGCUAUUGUGGACCACACUGGAGGCCUGCCCUGUCAGGGGACGUUCCUGCUUCACCAGGGAAUCCAGCGUAGAAUCACAGUCACCAUUAUCCAUGAGAAGGGCAGUGAGUUGCACUGGAAGGAUGUGCGAGAGCUGGUGGUUGGGCGUAUAAGAAACAAAGCAGAGGUAGAUGAAGCUGCUGUGGAUGCUAUUCUGUCUUUGAAUAUUAUCUCUGCAAAAUACCUGAAGUCUUCACACAGCUCCAAUAGGACUUUCUAUCGGUUUGAAGCAGUUUGGGAUAGCUCCUUGCAUAACUCACUUCUCCUCAAUCGAGUGACACCAUAUGGAGAGAAGAUCUAUAUGACCCUUUCUGCUUACCUGGAGCUUGACCACUGCAUCCAGCCUGCUGUGAUAACGAAGGAUGUUUGUAUGGUCUUUUACUCACGAGAUGCCAAGAUCUCCCCACCACGAUCACUACGCAAUCUCUUUGGCAGUGGCUACUCUAAAUCUCCAGAUUCCAAUCGAGUAACUGGGAUCUAUGAACUAAGUUUAUGCAAAAUGGCAGAUACAGGAAGUCCAGGAAUGCAGAGGAGGAGGAGGAAAGUCCUGGAUACUUCUGUGGCAUAUGUGCGAGGAGAAGAGAACCUGGCAGGUUGGAGGCCCAGGGGUGACAGCCUCAUUCUAGAGCAUCAGUGGGAAUUGGAGAAACUGGAGCUGCUGCAUGAGGUGGAAAAAACCCGACAUUUCCUUCUGCUUCGUGAAAAGCUUGGUGACAGCAUCCCCAAGUCCCUGAGUGACUCGUUGUCUCCCAGUCUGAGCAGUGGAACCCUCAGUACCUCCACCAGCAUUUCCUCGCAGAUUUCGACUACAACAUUUGAGAGUGCUGUGACGCCCAGUGAGAGCAGUGGCUAUGACUCAGCAGAUAUAGAGAGCCUGGUGGAUCGGGAGAAAGAGCUGGCCACUAAGUGUCUGCAGCUUCUUACUCACACUUUCAAUCGGGAAUUUAACCAGGUGUACAACAGCAUCAGUGAUUGUAAGUUGUCGGAUAUUUCUCCAAUUGGGCGGGACCCAUCAGUGUCGAGUUUCAGCAGUGCUACCCUCACUCCUUCAUCUACCUGCCCGUCUCUGGUGGAUUCAAGAUGCAAUUCAAUUGAUCAGAAGACACCAGAAGCAAAUUCUCGUGCCUCCAGUCCCUGUCAAGAGGUGGAACAGUUCCAGCUAAUUCCUGCAGUAGAAACUUCCUAUCUUGCCAGAGCUGGAAAGAAUGAAUUCCUAAACCUCGUUCCUGAUAUUGAGGAAAUCAGACCAGGCUCUGUGGUUUCAAAGAAAGGAUACCUCCACUUCAAGGAGCCACUUUCCAGCUCCUGGGCCAAGCACUUUGUGGUGGUUCGCCGUCCCUACGUUUUUAUUUACAACAGUGACAAAGAUCCUGUAGAAAGAGGAAUCAUAAACUUAUCCACAGCUCAGGUGGAAUACAGUGAGGAUCAACAGGCAAUGGUAAAGACACCCAACACGUUUGGCGUAUGCACAAAGCAUCGUGGGGUCCUGCUCCAGGCCAUCAAUGACAAGGACAUGAAUGACUGGUUAUACGCCUUCAACCCUCUCCUUGCUGGCACAAUACGGUCAAAACUGGCUCGAAGACGCACGGGCCAGCUGAAGUACUGAGUCCAUGUAAUGUUCUCAUCUGUUCUCCCUAACUCACCUUCUGAUAGAUAAAGUGUUACCUCUCAUUUUCUCAUUGUGAUUCUUGACGGUUUCUCUUGUAUGUAAUCCUGUGGCUUAACAUCCCCUACCUUCCCGACUCCUUCAGCACAUUUUCUAGGUAUUCUAACCCUACCUUGUUUCUUUUCACUUGUCCGAGAAUCGUACUAGUAGCAUGUGGCCAAACAAAAAGAGAAAGAAAAAAAAAAAUCAAAAAAAUUGAGUGAUUAUGCACGACUCU